UUUAUAAUUUUCGAAUAUUUGUUAUGAUUUUUUUUAGCGCUGCUCUAAUUUGUGUUUUGUCAGUGCAAGUUGCUUCGGUAUUUUUUUUUUGAUUUUAACCAAACUUGUUUUUCAAAAUAACUACGAUUUUUUUCUUUCAUUGGUAGCCAACAAAAAAUAUUGCGUAUGUUUUUUGGAUGAUUGCUAAAAUAUCGGAAUUAAUUUUAUUUGGAACAUUGGGUUCAACACUUAUACAAACUACCGAUAGAAUGAGUUCAGCAUAUUACUUGUCAAAUUGGGAGGAAAUCAUUCAUCAAUCGACAAAUUCUAAAGAAAAUAUACUUCUUAUGAAGGACUUACAAAUUUGUAUGUCUUUGCAUCAGAAUCCAAAACGUUUAACUGGAUAUAAAUUCUUUGAUGUUUCAUUGGACACAGUGGUUAUGGUUCUAAGAAGAGCUUUUUCCUACUAUACGUGUUUGCAUGCAAUAAAGCAGAGUAAAGAAUACUGAGAGCUUAAACAUCUGAUCAAAUCAUCAUCAUUAUUGACUAAGAAGACG